AUGUUUAGGACAGGAUAUAGAUCAUUCAUACCCAAUCUGGGAUCAAGAUUAUGCUUUGGAAGAAACUUUCGUGUAAUCAGGGCCUAUACUAUCGGGAAUAGUUCUCGCGGAGCUGGCAGCAAGUCUAAUACUGGCUUAAAGGGUCUUAUGCAAACUUAUGGCUGGUCCGCUCUUGGAGUAUACUUAGCAUUGUCUGCAAUAGAUCUACCUAUCUGCUUCUUUGGAGUGCACUCGAUGGGUGAGGUAAAUAUUAAGGUGUACUUGAACCGGUUAAAGAAUGUUGCUGGAUUUGGCAAAGAUGAACAGCAACUACGAGAAGAGUUGGAAUUAGAGAUGAAUCAAAGAGAAAUUGACAAGUUAAAUGACUCUAAAAAGGACCAGAGCAUUUUAGAACGGGUGAAGAAUAGUAAUGUUCUGGCAGAGUUUGUAAUUGCCUAUGGAAUUCACAAAUCAUUGGCGUUCAUUAGAAUUCCAAUUACUGCGGCAAUAACACCUGGCUUAGUAAGAUUAUUGCAGUCGUGGGGCUUUAACUUGGGUAAAAUGAACAAACGGUCUAAGCCACUGUAUGGCACUGGUAAAUUAAUGAACAAGUCUGGACGUGCUGACGAUUUUAUAAAAGGGACUACCGCCCCUAAAAACCACCCACCUAAACAUUAG